CAUCUACUUCUCACCCCGCAUCCCAAGACGAAUACAUCGAACAAGAAGAAUUUGACUGCGUUCGGCGAAAUCCAACCCUGACCAGCAACAUGCCUCCACGACCACAACGGCUUGUGAGGCGCCAGCCUCUUACCGAGAGACUACGCGCUAUGCUCAACCCAAUGGACUUAUACCUCUGGCUGUCCGAGGAAAUACAAACCUUCAACUGGGACUCGAAGACAUUCGGCACACGAUUCGGGCUCGCGGCUAAUCUCAUCUUUCUUGUCGCGAGAGCGAACGCGGGCAAGACCCCCGAUGCCGUCGACGAUGUGUUUGGAGAUGCUCCCGCUAAUGACUGGUUCACCCUCAUGGCCAACUUCCUCCAGUGGAUGCUGAUCUCCAUUUCCGCUCUCAACGCAUUCUACACAAUGACACGAUCGCGCCACUACCGACUUUUCGAGAUGAACGUCGAGGCAGCAGGGCCGGGCACUCCGUCGGCGCAACGAGUUCGGGUCGAUUCGUCGCCUGCCGCAUCGACACCCCUUCGCCUUAUCCAGGACAUUCUGAGCCCCGAGACGGCCGAGCAGCGAGCGCACCCCGACAAGACGCGCGACGUGUGGGAGAUGAAGGUGUGGGAUCCAUACCCGGCGACGCUGCGCAUGUUUUGCCUCUUCAGCCCCGGCCACGUCCUCAUUCACAUGCUAUUCCUCCCCUUACAGACCUUGGAUCCGCGCCCGAGCGUUAGUGUCUUCAAGUGCUUCAUGUUGCAGGUGAUCCUCUCUGCGCAACUGCUGCUUAUGCACUCCCGCUUCUCCCAGCAGAGCAAGGACACGGCCAUUAUUCAGAAGGAGGUGAUGCACGAAUAUGACGUCAAAUACGUUCACCCGCGGCUCCACCCCGUGGUUCGGGAGGUGUCAAUACAGGUGUCGAUCAACGACGGGAAAAUCGACGAGGAGGAAGUGACUCUCGGAACGCCCUCGACCCUGAUUCGCCGGUCCUUCCAGACACACCCAAAUCCGAACUACACAAGAUAUGUCAACCCCGACGCCGGACAAGUCCCGCAGGCGAGGAUCAUGUCUCCGCAGCCUAGGCCAAUGUCACCCAGCCCGUUCACCCCCUCAGCCAAGCCUCGGGCCUCAGUCCCUCCGUCCUUCGCUGCUCAGGUACAGCAGCAACGACACUCCGCCCUCCGUCAGAGCCUCCCUCCCGCAUUAUCAUCAGCAUCCGCGGGCGGUGAUUCCGUCACGACGCCCUCCGUCGUAUCAAGAAGCACCUCCACCGGCCCAAACUUCAAUAGCAACCUCCCCCCACCCAUUGCAGGCCUUGGCGGCAGCCUCGGGGUGUACACGCACAUGAACUCGCCGCUGAGAAAAGCUACCAGUCUCGGCGACAUAAACGGCUCCGCGUACGCGCCGUCGCCGCGCAACGGGCGCGAGAUGGCGGCGCUCGAGCAGCGCGAGCUUGCCGAGCGCAUGGUCCGCGAGAGCAGCCCGUUCAAGGAGAGCCGGCGUACGCUCGACCCCAGCAGCUUUGCGCACUCGCCUGAGAAGCUGGCGAGAGCGAGGGCGAAUCGGUGGACGCAGGAGAGGUUCCCUAGUCGGAGGGCUCCGUUCUAAAUCAAGGGAGCAGUUAGGGAAGGAAAAGGGAGAGGAAUCAGUGGGCGACGCUUCCCGUUCAAAGGUGUAUCGUACAUGGGCUGGAUAUCAGGCGUUCGGCAACGGA